AUGAGCAGCGGUACAGAGAUGCUGCACGUCUGGGGGGACCCGGCCGGGGACGAGCGUGGCGCCAGCGGCACCUCACUCACCACGUGUCUCACCUUCCGGAAAGUCCAUAGUAAACUUUACCUGUACUUUACCGCACGCUCUCUAUGGCACGUGGCCACUCCUCACUCUCACCGUGGCACGGGACCACUCCUCACUCUCACCGUGGCACGGACCACUCCUCACUCUCACCGUGGCACGGACCACUCCUCACUCUCACCGUGGCACGGACCACUCCUCACUCUCACCGUGGCACGGACCACUCCUCACUCUCACCGUGGCACGGACCACUCCUCACUCUCACCGUGGCACGGACCACUCCUCACUCUCACCGUGGCACGGACCACUCCUCACUCUCACCGUGGCACGGACCACUCCUCACUCUCACCGUGGCACGGACCACUCCUCACUCUCACCGUGGCACGGACCACUCCUCACUCUCACCGUGGCACGGGACCACUCCUCACUCUCACCGUGGCACGGGACCACUCCUCACUCUCACCGUGGCACGGACCACUCCUCACUCUCACCGUGGCACGGACCACUCCUCACUCUCACCGUGGCACGGACCACUCCUCACUCUCACCGUGGCACGGACCACUCCUCACUCUCACCGUGGCACGGACCACUCCUCACUCUCACCGUGGCACGGACCACUCCUCACUCUCACCGUGGCACGGACCACUCCUCACUCUCACCGUGGCACGGACCACUCCUCACUCUCACCGUGGCACGGACCACUCCUCACUCUCACCGUGGCACGGACCACUCCUCACUCUCACCGUGGCACGGACCACUCCUCACUCUCACCGUGGCACGGACCACUCCUCACUCUCACCGUGGCACGGACCACUCCUCACUCUCACCGUGGCACGGACCACUCCUCACUCUCACCGUGGCACGGACCACUCCUCACUCUCACCGUGGCACGGACCACUCCUCACUCUCACCGUGGCACGGACCACUCCUCACUCUCACCGUGGCACGGACCACUCCUCACUCUCACCGUGGCACGGACCACUCCUCACUCUCACCGUGGCACGGGACCACUCCUCACUCUCACCGUGGCACGGACCACUCCUCACUCUCACCGUGGCACGGACCACUCCUCACUCUCACCGUGGCACGGACCACUCCUCACUCUCACCGUGGCACGGACCACUCCUCACUCUCACCGUGGCACGGACCACUCCUCACUCUCACCGUGGCACGGACCACUCCUCACUCUCACCGUGGCACGGACCACUCCUCACUCUCACCGUGGCACGGACCACUCCUCACUCUCACCGUGGCACGGACCACUCCUCACUCUCACCGUGGCACGGACCACUCCUCACUCUCACCGUGGCACGGGACCACUCCUCACUCUCACCGUGGCACGGACCACUCCUCACUCUCACCGUGGCACGGACCACUCCUCACUCUCACCGUGGCACGGGACCACUCCUCACUCUCACCGUGGCACGGACCACUCCUCACUCUCACCGUGGCACGGACCACUCCUCACUCUCACCGUGGCACGGACCACUCCUCACUCUCACCGUGGCACGGGACCACUCCUCACUCUCACCGUGGCACGGACCACUCCUCACUCUCACCGUGGCACGGACCACUCCUCACUCUCACCGUGGCACGGACCACUCCUCACUCUCACCGUGGCACGGACCACUCCUCACUCUCACCGUGGCACGGACCACUCCUCACUCUCACCGUGGCACGGGACCAUUUUUCAUGAGACUAUCAGACCUCCAGUUUUUUACACGCUGUCUUGAUAAGGGCCAUUGUUUAAAUACUCUCCUUACUUGUUACCGUGCCCGAGCCGUGCCUGAGCCGUGCCUGAGCCAUGCCUGA